AAGUCAUUCCUAAAAAUCAAAACCACUGUCCACUACAUGUUCACCACACUGUCCUCUGCAUUGGGGAUCGAGCAGAAACCUCACCAGCUUUUUGCGAACCAGUCAGAGUCCUAGAUCCCCUGUUCACCCCCGCGACGACCGCAACACAGACAUGGAGUGGGCUGCCACCGGAGAAGAGGCAGUAUCACUGUCUCAUUGGCGCAACGGGGAAGGGAUCCACCAACGACGGCUUGCGCUGCGUCUCAAAACAGGCCUUCCCGGUGGCGGUGAGGUUGCGGUGGAAGCGGAGCGGCUUGGGGACGAGCUGGGCCUUAAACGGGAGCGGGCGCGAGGGAAUGUGGAGGUCGCCAAUGGCCAUGUCCGCCGCCGCCGCACCCCCUUCCCGCGUGUGCGGCAGGACUUGUAGAUCAGUUCGGGAAUGGUGGGAUCCUGAGGAGUCGGAGGCGGCAUUUCCGACGAUGGACGGCGGCGGAGGCGUCAUUCUGCAUAGCGGUCGAGAGGAGAGAUGAGAUGGGGAUGGCGAGCAGAGCGAGAGAAACGAGCGGCAUGGGGCAGUGGUGAAGGAACCUGGUGGCGCUCGUCGGCCAUCGCCGGUCGCGGAGCCGCGGGGGCCGAAUUGAUAAGUGGCACAUUUUGGUAAACUUUUUUCCAAAUCCGCGAAGGUAUCCGGCUCCCUUGUCUUUUUUAAGGUAUCUCCCCCGGAGGCCGCCCCUCCCACACUAGUCCGCCCCAUCCAUCAUGUUCGCCUCCAUCUGCCGGCGGCGGCUCGCCCUCCGAAUCCAUCAAAUCGCUGGCCGCGGCGGCGGCACAAACCCCCUCGAAUUCAUCCCUGGCACCAUCCCUCUCGCCCACUGCUACACCUCGCCCGCCGUCGCCGAAGUCCCGAGCUCGGAGCCCUGCCCCGACACCGUUUCCUACCUCAUCUCGUGCGGCCUCUCCCCCGCCGCCGCUGGCGCGGCCACCACCGCUCAACACCUCCGCAUCCGCUCCACCGACAAGGCCGACGCUGUGCGCGCCCUCCUCAAGAUCUACGGCUUCACCGACGCGGACAUCGUCCGGACCUUGCGCAGCGCCCCGGUUAUCCUCGUCGCUGACCCCGAGCGGAUCCUCCGCCCCAAGCUCGACUUUUUCGCCUCCCUAGGCUUCGAGACCCACAAGCUCGCAACCGAGCCUUUGCUGCUCGCACGCAGCCUCGACAAGCACCUCGUCCCCGCCAUCCAGUUCCUCCGCGGGAUCAUCGGCAGCGACGACGACCUCCGCCGCGCUUUUCACCGCGUCCCCCGAGGCCUCGCUGUGGACCUCGACAACAACAUGCGCCCCGCCGUGGAAGCUCUCCGCCGCGGCGGCCUCACAAAGGCCGACAUUUCGAAGCUGCUCGUCAUCCGUUUGGGCGUGCUCUUGUCGUCACCGGAUCGCAUCAGCGAAAUCUUUGAGGAACUCAAGGCGAUGGGCAUGUCCGUCUUGGACCCACGCUUCCUCUACUGCUUCCGUGCGAUGUCCGGUGUUAAGAGGGACUCAUGGCUGCGGAAAAUGGCAUUUUACCAGAGCUUCGGGCUGUCAGAGGGUGAGUUGCUGCAGGCCUUCAAGACGCAGCCCACGAUAUUCCUUUUCACCGAUGAGAGCAUAAAAAAGAAGGUCCGAUUCCUGCUGGACGAGCUGAAGCUUGGAAUAAGUGAUGUAAUUGCGCGGCCUGUAGUUCUAGGCUAUAGCUUGGAGAAGUGCAUCCUGCCGAGGUGCGCCGUGCUGACUGUGUUGAUGAGGGAGAGGAGGAUUCGGAGAGAUAUCAAAUUGCUUCAGGCAUUGCUUGGCAGUUCCAGGAAUUUCGAGACCAGGUAUGUGUUGAGGCAUGCUGAUGAUGUGCCAGAUGUUGUUAAGGCAUAUCAGGGUAAGAUCAAAUUUGAAGGAUUCAAAUAGGCUGGUCUUCUAGAAUGAUAUAAUUCUAGAUUAGGCUUAUGUUUCUAGUGCCAAUGUUAAAGAUCAAGUCAUGAUUCAUGAUUCUAGCAGUACUUCCGAGGACAGUUUUGCCCUAUUGGUAGCCCAUGUUACUGAGUAUCAACUACAUUUGUAGUUUAACAUCUAUCAUUUUGCAUCCUGCAGCCUAUUAAAAUCUAGAAACAUAGUAGAUGGUUUGUUGUUGUAUAGAGACUGCGUCAGUAUUGAAGUUUCUUGAUCUUGUAUGUUCAACCAGUUCUUUUAACUGUUUGUGCUUUUUAGAUUGAUUA